AUGCAUCUUCGUUAUGGGCCUAGGGGUCGAUUGGGCGGCCGCGGGGGGUCUGGUAGGGCGAGGCCGUUUUGGCCUCGCCUCCAUGCUCCGGAGGGCCUCCUUGAUGUGUCCAGUGACGCCGGCGCUGACACCGGCAGCCAGGUCGGAGAGCCGCUUCCUCCAAAGCCGGCACUCCACAAUGUCCUUGGAAAUACCGCUUGUGGCUGCUCCAGCGCCGCCCUGGACUGCCAGACAGGGGGGUCGGCACACGUGAGGUUUCAGGAGGCGGACAUCUUCCGAAGUGCUGCGAAAAAGAAAAAAAGAGAUAUAAUGAAUCCUAUUCUGGCGCCGGGCAGCGCCUCAGUCAAGUCCGAGCCAGACGGCGACUCAGCCGGUGCAGCGCGCCUUGACGACAUCGCGUUCUGCGCGCGCGAGCUAGCCGCCGUCAAAGCCCGCAAUGCAGCCCACGGAAGCGGCAGCGGCGUCGUCGUAAAGACCGAAACCGCCGGAAUAGACGACGCCGCCGCGCGCAAGGCCCUCGGGCGCCAAAAGUCGGGGUUGGACAGGGUGCAGAAGCAUACCGGCGGUGGAGCAGCCAAAUCAGCAGCAACUGCCAGCGGCAGCAACGCCCCCUCGGCAGCCUCCAUCGUGGGCACCUACAAGCUCCGUUGCGCCGGCAUCGAGGAGGAGUGGGACGACAUCAAAAUCGACGAGAUGAAGCUGCGCGUGGCCCCCUCCACCCACGUCCCUGGUGUCUACGUCGCCGACUUCAAUCUGGGUGUGCUCGAGGGCCAAAUGCUCAUCGGCACCGACCGCGCCGCGAUCCGGAAGUGCGCGCGCGCGCUGGACCGGAGGCCGAGGCGCAGGUACCACCGGGGCGCGUAUCAGAGCGAGGAGGACCCUUGGGAGAACUGGAAGGCGGACGAGCCUGCUGCUGCUGAGGGAGGCGACGGCGAAGGCAAAAAGCCGUUCGUCCACACCCGCUACCUGCUCAACUGGCGCGGCUACGAGACGGGUGAGGGCGAGGUCGAGUGCGGCGACUGGUGGGGGGACUUGAAGUUUGCGGAUGCGAGAUUGACCCAGUUCGAGGGAGAGAUGGAGGUUGGGUUCGUGUCGAACGACGUCAUCGUCCGUGGAACCAAGGUGUCGGGCGAGGUGCCGCGUGUGAACAUGCGUGACUGGUACGAGAAUAGCGGCUAUCGUUAG